GUUGGCUGUGGGCAGACAGGGAGCGUCAGUGUCAUCGGAGGAAGACGCGCGAAGCUGAAGUCAGAAUCUUACUCGAAUGUUCCCGUUCCACCUUAAAUGGUGCAGCGCUUACAUGCGAGGGGAUCUGAGCUGGAACGGGGAAAUAUGAACAAGGAGCAGGAGCAUAGGAGGCUGGCUAGUUCGCUAAGCCUGGUGGGCACCGCAGAUCCUGAGGUUGGCUGUUCGUGAAAACUAAAAACACUCUUUACUGCCGCACACGUCGGGACUGUGGCGAGGACACCGGUCUCAAGCAAACAUGAAUGACUUUGCUGUCCUUAACACUGGGCGAAAGAUGCCUCUCGUAGGUCUAGGGACAUGGAAGAGUGAACCUGGAAAGGUAAAGCAGGCGGUUAUCUGGGCACUUCAGUCUGGCUAUCGGCACAUCGAUUGUGCUGCCAUUUAUGGAAAUGAACCAGAAAUUGGUGAAGCCUUCCAGGAGAUGCUGGGGCCUGACAAAGCCUUGAGGCGAGAGGAUGUAUUUGUGACCUCUAAGCUGUGGAACACACAGCACUACGCAGAGGACGUGGAACCGGCCUUGCUUAAGACCUUAAAAGACCUGAAGCUGGAGUACCUAGACCUCUACCUCAUUCACUGGCCCCAUGCCUUCCAACGUGGGGAUAUUCCUUUCCCUAAAACAGAAGUUGGGGCAAUAUUGUAUGAUGAUAUUCACUACAAAGUGACAUGGGCUGCCAUGGAGAAACUUGUGGAAAAGGGACUUGUGAGGGCCAUUGGACUCUCAAACUUCAACAGCCGUCAGAUUGAUGACAUCCUGUCAGUGGCCAACAUAAAGCCCACUGUUUUGCAGGUGGAGGGUCACCCUUACCUGGCACAGGUGGAGCUACUCGCUCACUGCAGGGACCGGGGGAUUGUGAUGACCGCCUACAGUCCGCUGGGUUCUCCAGAUCGAGCCUGGAAAAGACCUGAUGAGCCAGUUGUGUUAGAGGAGCCAGUCAUUACUGCUCUGGCCAAGAAGUACAACAAGUCUCCUGCACAAAUCAUAAUCAGGUGGCAAACCCAGCGAGGAGUAGUGACAAUUCCAAAGAGUGUGACAGAGUCUCGCAUCAAGGAAAAUAUACAGGUCUUUGAUUUCGCUCUAGAGCCAGAAGAAAUGAACAGUGUGACAGCGCUGAAUAAAGGCUGGCGGUACAUCGUGCCAAUUAUUACUGUUGAUGGCAAGCAUGUGCCGAGGGAUGCAGGACACCCUCUCUACCCCUUCAAUGAUCCUUAUUAACACAUCCUGCUGCAAGACUCUGUGCCUUCCAACCCACUUCAGCUGACCCUUCUGUAUACUGUGUACUGCACAAUAAAUGCUUUUCUUAUUGAUUGGA